AAUAUAUUUGUUAAUGCUAAAUUGCGAUGGACAUAUGUAAGAUACAAACGGAAGCACUGCAGCAUGCGGCUUUAGCUUCGUUAGCUUGCACUGGACGCACACUGGGACCGGACCGAAAGCCGCAACAGACAGACGCGCCUGCGAAAGAAGCUGCGAGAGCAGGCGUACCAAAGCCGGCUGUAAAUAAGAAUAAGAAGAGCACGCAAGAAGAAGUAACACCCCUAGACAAUUGCAUACUGCCAGAUGCAAACACAAUUAGAGCAAGCAUGGUAAAACGUGAGGUGGAACAAGAGUGCAAGCGUAGUGUGCGGCAGCAGCUAAAAGAAUUGCAGGAGCGCCAAAGAAAUGCCAUCAAUGCACAGCUGGCAAAUCAGCUCAAGGCAGAACAACAGACUGGAAUUGUAAACGGUCGAGCGGCGCGUGAAAAGAAUGAGAAGCUAUUACACCAACAGGCCGAGCAGCUGGCCAAGACGGCACUGGAGGCACAACAAUGCGAACAGCAAGCGCUCAUCAAACAAAAUAACCAUAAGCUGUAUAUGCUUAUUGUCGAGGGUGUUUCACGUUGCCAAAGUAGAUUUAGUAGCAAAUAUGAAGCUGUGACAAGACUGCUGCUGACGCUGGACAAAGAAACUGUGCAGGCGUGUGCUGAACAAAAUCACGAGCUACGUGAGGUGGGACAGCUAUUCGAUCAGCUUGUGGCCAGCAUUAAAAAUCCCAAUAGCGAUGCUGCGGAACUAAAAACUAUCUUUACAGCAGAGCAGUACUGCCAGCGCCUGGACAAGCUCGAAAUAAAUCUCAUAAAGCAGCUGUCGGAGCAAGAGCAGGCACAGCUUAGCAAAGCCAAGCAGCUUGCUGAGGAACAAGCCAGGGAAAAGCAGAAACAACUAGAAGCUGAACAGCAGCAAAAACAACAAGAGCUUGAGGCACAACAAAAAGCUGCAGCAGAGGCUGCAGCUGCAGCAGCACAGCCGCCACCACCAGCGGCACAGCCAGCGCCAGCAGCACAGCCACCACCACCAGCAGAACAGCAGAUAGCGCCACCAGCAGCUAACGCAGCCACACAGCCAGCUACAGGCAGCAUCUCUAGCAGCUAUGUGCACCCUGUGCGCCUGGCCUACUACAAUGAGAUCAAUGCCUUGUAUCAGAGCAAAGUGGAUGCAGUCAAACCGCUGCAGUCAGACGAAGCAUGGAAAAAGUACCGCACCAAUUGCCAGCGUACCAUCAAUGUACCCUUGAAUGCAAUAACGGCCGCCAGCGGACAACACUUGACCAACAACUUUAACAAGUUGUACACCUUUUUUGCGGGUCAGCCUGUGAAGACAACAGAUGGCAGCACUAUAACCAUCAAUGACCAUCCGCUGGCGCGCGACUACUGCAUAUUGCUAAUGGCCAAGAAGUUUGUUAGCCAAACGGAUACGGCUAUUUCGAGUAAUCCGCAGGCAGCAUUUCCCUUUGCCUCAGUAAUUGUGACGUUCUGGAAGCUGCUGCCGGACUUUGGCAAAAUCUUUUUGGCCUACAUGUACAAGGAGUCGCCUUAUUUAGUGCCAUAUGUUAUACCACAGCAGCAGGGACAGACGCCUGAGCAGUAUCUAAAGACAAUGGGCUAUCGCUUGUCAGACACCAAUGAGCUGGAGAAACCGGAUAUGUUCCUGAAGCGCCAGACGGGCAUAGCAAGACUCUAUGCGGCAGUUAUCAUAACACAAGGACGUCAAGCUGAUGGGCCUAAGCAAUGCUUUGGCCUGGAGGAGGCAUGGAGUUGGCUGGUGCACAUAAUGCUAGUAAAGCCGCUGCCGGAUAUAAGCGCCACAAUGAUCAUGGAAGUGCUGCAGACGCUGGGCUUUGAGCUCUGGCGUACAUAUGGCAAAAACUUUUUGAAGCUGCUCGUAUUCAUACAGACAUACUAUAUGCCACAGUUGUCAGCUUAUGAUGAGGGCGGACCAAAGUCACGGCUGGAGAUGCUGCUAGCAAAAUUUCUGCGCGAGCGUCAAAUACCACAGGCGGUGGGCGUGCUGCCGCCAAACUUUUGGUAGCACAUAUGCUGCGACUCUUAUUU